CCAGCUGCUUCUUUACAAAGCCGUCAAGCACCUCAAGCAACACAAAUGAGCACUUCAUAAACAAUGGAGAUGAUCCAAAGGAACCCACUCUUGGGGAUUCAAAUCUUAAAAUCUUUACGUUGGCUGAAUUGAAGAGCGCCACUAAUAAUUUUAAGCCUGAUACAGUUCUUGGAGAAGGAGGGUUUGGAAAAGUUUAUAAGGGAUGGCUUGAUGAGAAAACCUUGAGUCCUGCCAAGUGUGGAGCUGGCAUGGUGGUCGCUGUUAAAAAGCUGAAAUCUGAGAGCAAGCAAGGUUUCGAAGAAUGGCAGUCUGAAGUUAACUUCUUAGGAAGACUAUCUCAUCCCAACCUCGUGAAGCUUUUGGGCUAUUGCUGGGAGGAGGACCUUCUCCUUGUUUAUGAAUUCAUGCCCAAAGGAAGCUUAGAGAAUCACCUCUUCAGAAGAGGUUCGGCUUUUGAGCCACUUUCAUGGAGCUUAAGACUGAAGAUUGUGAUAGGAGCUGCUCGAGGUCUCGCUUUUCUGCAUUCAUCAGAAAAACAUGUAAUAUAUAGAGAUUUCAAGGCUUCUAACAUCCUUCUUGACUCAAACUAUAAUCCAAAACUCUCAGACUUUGGGCUGGCAAAGCAUGGACCAACGGGUGGUGACACCCAUGUUACCACUCGAGUAAUGGGUACCUAUGGAUAUGCAGCACCAGAAUAUGUUUCAACUGGCCAUCUAUAUGUUAAAAGUGAUGUCUAUGGAUUUGGUGUAGUGUUGCUAGAAAUGCUGUCCGGCUUGAGGGCACUAGACUUGAGCCGACGUAGCGACCAACACAAUUUGGUUACUUGGGCUAAGCCAUUACUCUCCGAUCGGAGAAAGUUGUGCCGCCUUGUUGACCAACGGCUCGAGGGACAGUACCCAUCAAAGGCUGCAUUUAAGGUUGCACAACUCAUUCUAAAGUGCCUCGAAGUGGAGCCAAAGUCCCGCCCCUCCAUGGUGGAAGUGGUGGAAACUCUAGAGCAUAUUGAAUCUACAAAAGGGAGAUUAAGAGAGGGAAGAGAGCAUAACUCAUUGGCAUCCUCGACCACCAGCAAUGUUGAUAGAUAAAAGGCCAGUUCAAAACCUGGUUGGUUUUUUCAUUUUAGAUCGAAGUCAAAUUUACACACAUUGCACACAAUUCUUAUGUAUUUACAUAAUUCAUGCUGAAGCUUCAUAUUUAUAUAAAUAACACUUGGAUGCUUUACACCUCUGCAU